CUGAUGAAGGUCCACAGUCGAGCUAUACAAGGCACAAAACAAGCAGUGGCGUGGUUACACCGAGAGCAAGUCAGUAAACAUCAACAUGAAAUCUUGGAGUGGCUGACCCCAUCCAAUUAUUCAUCACAACAACGAGAUUACUUCUCUGCAAGACAUCCAGGCACUACAUCCUGGCUACUAGAGUCCAGGGAAUUCGAAUGGAUAUCUAACAAAGGCCAGACUCUGCUAUGCAGGGGCAUGCCAGGAGCCGGCAAGACCAUAAUGACUUCCGUUGUUAUAGACUAUUUGAUUCACCAAUUUCGCGAGCAGCCCAGCAUCGGAAUAGCCUACAUCUAUUGCAACUUCAAGGAGGCUGAACAUCAAACUUGUCACGAUCUCUUAUCCAGCUUGACGAAGCAGCUGGCGCAAUCCCGCUCGCCCUUCCCUCAAAGUCUCGAAGCGCUCUACAAUACGCAUCAGAGACACAAAACCUUGAGAUCAAACCAAGAGACUAUUGAUCUGCUACAAACAAUAGCUUCCUGCUACGAAAGAGUGUUCAUCGUCAUUGAUGCCUUGGAUGAGUGUGAUGAAAACGCUCGUCAAGCAUUUCUUCCGGAAAUAUUCCGUCUUCAGCAAAGAUUUCAAGUCAAUAUCUUUGCAACUACCAGGAAUAUCCCAGAGAUCAUCCAGGCAGUAGAAUUUGAGAAGUCUGUUCCCAUAGAGAUUCGAGCCACUGAGGGGGACGUUCUGAGAUACGUGUCAGGCCGUAUGACGCGUAUGCAGAGCUUUGUGCGUAGCAACCUUGAUAUCCAGCAGGAAAUCCGAGACUCAAUCGCGAAGAAAGUCAACGGCAUGUUUUUGUUGGCGAGACUGCUCAUCGAUGCUUGGUCCAAGAAGCUGAACCCAAAAGAGCUUAAGAAGGCAGUUGGAAUUUUUGGUUCAACGAAAGAAGAUGGAAAUAUCUACUCAGCUGUAUACGAUGAGGCCAUGAGUCGGAUUCGAUCUCAACCCUCUGAGCAUAUUGAGCUUGCGUUGAAUGUUCUGUCUUGGAUUACUGGUGCAAAAAGACCUUUGAAAGUCGCAGAGCUGCAACAUGCUCUUGCCAUCGAAGAAGGCGAGCUAGAGCUAGACCAGGACAACAUUUCACCUGUUGAAACCAUAGUAUCCGUAUGCGCUGGACUUAUCACCGUCAGCGAGCAAAGCGGUGAGGUGCGACUUGUACACCAGACAACGCAAGAAUACUUUGAAGGAAAACGAUACCUACUGUUCCCCGACAUCGACACUCGACUUGCGACGGCAUGCACAAGCUAUCUACUCAUUGAGAAUAUUUUACAUGUCCCGAAAGAACUUGCCUCUUGCAGUUCCGCACAGCAAGGAAAGAAGAUUAAUAUCCAGGACUCGGCUCCGUUCUUCUCUUAUGCGGCUAAUUACUGGGGGCAGCACGCCCGUGAAAGCUCUAUUAUCCCUACAAAAGUCGUUGAAUUUCUGCUAAAUCAAGCCAUGCGCGAGAGAUCCCUCUCGGUGCUG